AUGCCGGGAAUGCCAACGGCAUCGCAUAAUCCUGCCGUGCCAGCUCCCACCAGGGUGAGAAAGACCAGAACGUCUGUCACCCGCCCUGUGCGACCUUUGCCGGCGAGCGCCGACGAUGUUGAAUCCAGAUCCAUCCCACGCGAAGCCCAAUUGCGGCAAAGAUUGCGGACACAUGCCUCCCGGCCGGAAGACCAUGUUGAUUGUAUCAAGUGGCUUGAAGCAGCCGAAAAGUCCCACCAGCAGGAUAUCGCCCGCCUGAACGAGCGAGGCCAACAUCUUGCCGCGGAAAGAACCCAAUUGUCAGCAAAAGUCCAACAGCUUACCGUCGAAAGACAGAAAGCUACGGACGAGAGCCGCAAAUUGGAGAGCGAGAUCGUUACCUUGAAAGAAAGCCUGGAAGCGGCCACCUCCCAAGACCAUAUGCCACGGGAAGAAUACAAGAAGUCCUUGAGGGAGCUCCAAAACUCCGCUUCAUCCCUGACCAGCGAGAUCACAAGAAUGAUGAAUGAAAGUGACCAGGCAUACUUUUCCACUCUGCUGCCUUCAUCUGAUGUGGCACAACACUGGGAAGACCAAGACGCAAACUACCUGCUUGAUCCUCCCGGUAUGCCGGCGCAACCUCUUCCGGGCUAUUCCUCGUCCGAGCUUCCUACGAUUCCCCAGCUCGGUUCAUAUCCACACCUGCCAUGA